GCAUCAACUUCCGGUUAUAGUGAAUUCACUCACUUUCGAAUCGCCGUACUGUGCGUCUGCUACUUUCUUGGUGACUUAGUAAAGACAUUCAAGGCUGCAUGCAAGAAAGCUCGACUUAGGAGGUUUUUAUACGCAAUCAAGACUUGUGUGACAAGUUUCUCUCAAACGAUGAAUCUUGAGUUGCUGGAGUCGUUUGGGCAGAAUUUUCCGGAGGACUUUGAUGGCGCGUUGGACUGUGUGAGCAUCGCGAUCACCUGCACGUUCAACAGACAGGGCACUCUGCUGGCCGUCGGGUGUAACGACGGUCGAAUCGUCGUCUGGGACUUCCUCACUCGGGGCAUCGCCAAAUUUAUCAAUGCUCAUGUGCACCCCGUGUGCUCCCUGAGCUUCAGUCGAAACGGUCGCAAACUGCUGAGUGCAGCCACAGACAACACUGUGUCCAUCUGGGACGUUCUCUCCGGGGAAAACGACAAAGUGUUCAGAUUUCCCUCCCCUGUCUUGAAAGUGCAGUGGCAUCCUCGGAACUGCAACCAGUUCCUGGUCUGUCCCCUCAAACAUGCCGCUGUGCUCAUGACUAUCAAAGGAGAUCACAAAAUUGUCCCCCUUGACGACGACUCAGAUUUGAACAUCAUUGCCUCGUUUGACAGACGAGGCCGCUACAUCUACACAGGCAAUGCAAAAGGGAGGAUACUUGCGUUCAAAAUGGAAGGUCUAGAUCUGGCGGCCUCGUUCCGCGUGACGACGGGCGGCCUCAACACCACGGCCAUCAAGUCCCUCGAGUUUGCCCGGAGAGGAGAAUGCUUCCUGGUGAACUCUGCGGACAGAAUUAUCCGCGUGUACGAGAGUCGCGAGGUGCUGACCUGUGGGCUGGAUGGGGAGCCGGAGCCCAUGCAGAAACUGCAGGAUCUGGUCAACAAAACUCUGUGGAAGAAGUGUUGUUUCUCUGGUGACGGUGAGUACAUAGUGGCCGGCUCAGCCCGCCAGCACUCGCUCUACAUCUGGGAGAAGGCCGUGGGGAACCUGGUCAAGAUCCUGCACGGAACCAAGGGGGAGCUGUUGCUGGAUGUCGUGUGGCAUCCUGUCCGUCCAAUCAUCGCAUCCAUAUCCAGCGGCCUCGUCUCUAUCUGGGCACAGAACCAAGUGGAAAACUGGAGCGCCUUCGCCCCCGACUUCAAAGAGCUGGAUGAGAACGUGGAGUACGAGGAGAGAGAGUCGGAGUUUGACCUGGAGGACGAGGACAAAGAGAAGGAAGAGAGCAAAGCACCGGUGGAGGAAGACGUGGAAGUCGACGUCUCGACGAUUGAGCCAAUCCAAGCCUUUGUCAGCAGUGACGAAGACGAAGAGGACGCGAACGCUCUCCUGUUUCUGCCUGUGUCUCCGGAGGUGGAGGAGCCAGAGGACGGGUGGCAGGGAGAGAAUCAGCAGAAACGUCCUCCUCCUCCUCCCUCUUCGGCCGUGUCGAGGAUAUCGGGUGAGGAUCAUGCCGUCCACACUGAGAAAAAGAAGGACACGCCAAGUUCAGGGGUAGAGAAGAGGACACGCCAGGACACGUCCAGCUCGGACCGGCGACGGGGCCAACAGGACGCCACCACGCCGCCCGCCUCCAAAAAGAAGAAGACGAAGACAAUCGACGUCGAUCUGCCAGACGCCCCGCAUGACGAGGUGCACCCGCUGCUGAAUGUGAAGAAAGCACCGGAGAAAGGUCACUCGAAGAAGGCGCGGCCGCAGAAGUCCAAGUCGUCCAAGGUGGAGAAGUCUCGGCACAAAGACCGCAGCUCUCGUGGCGGGGAGGACAUGGACAGCGAGAACACAGGCAUCUACUGAUUGAAGUUGUGAGCAGGGACCAAAGUUGAGUCGGAGGUUUCUGUACAGGAGGAUGUGAAUGAGUCAGGCGGUGCUGCUGUGGGAACUACAGUCAUGUAUAGCUGUCCCUGGGAGGAUAUUGAUGAACAUUUGGAAGACAGCGUGGUGAAAUCAGGCGCUCGGCAAAGUAAUGAAAUUGUUGAAAAAACACUGACAUUUUUCUGCCCGGUUCGGCAAUGUUUAUAGAAUUUUAUUUUUGUUUGUUGGCUUAAUGCAAUUGUUGUCAAGUUAAAAACCCAUUUCUGGGUGGAUUUUGAUGGAAAAUGUUGAUUAACGGCAUGAAAAAUAUUAAAUUUUUUGUUUCCACGGA